AUGAAGCUGCCAGUGCCAGACCAAGUUGCGGUGUUAUUUAUCGACGCAUUUCUUCAAUAUCCGUUCACUUGUUCGUUUGGGUUCUGUACCCUGCUGUAUAUCCUCUACCCAAUCUACUUUGAGAAAGAAGCAACGAAAGGCCGGAGAUGGAUAGUCUCAUGUGUGGUCAUAUUCGUGUUGUUAGCAUUCACAUCCAUUUUUUUGAUACCCAUUCUCGCAAUCGCUCCAGAUCGCAUAAUAUUCCGACCCACACCCUCGUGUUCAAUUUUCGACAGUCCAGCGCGUUAUAUAUGUCUCACUUUCAACGACCGACAUCAGCAUGUGUUCUACACAACGACUUGGCAACAGUGUAGUAGUUCAGAUGCGAAUAUGAAGAAUGCAACCAAGUAUUACAUCAUUUCUUCAUGGAUACCAUCCUUCGAUCACUACGUUACGAUUGAGCGUGUUCCAUUUCAACCUGAUAGUUCGCCCGGUGAAAACAAGACGGCGUAUACCCUUCCCGAAGGCUACUGCGUUCGAGCAGCUGGACCUAGCGGAGGAGAUCGACAAAAGGUCGCGUUUUAUAGCAUAAACGGCAACCGUCGUCAUCUGCUUGAUUCUGGUUACAUCAAGUCAAGCUUACUCAAAAAUUUUACCUCCGGUUGGUAUCUUGUAUCCAGCUGCAAUUCUGAGCUGUCGAGAUGGUGGUAUAACUGUACGCUUGGAUAUGUGAGUUCUCAUUACGUCCGGCUACCGCAGUAUACAAGAACCCUGCUCCUCGAGGACAGGGAUAGUAUUUAG